GGUAUUCAUAUCAUUCCAAGAAUACAAGCUCCUCUGGGUACUACUGUGGUACUCCCCCAGAGGAGAUACAACACACAUGCCUUGUAAUUGAGAGCUAGCUGUGCAGUAUUGGAUCUUUCUUUAUACCAGUGAUAUAUAGUAGAGAGAACUUGAUAAUUAUGGAACAACAAGCUGAGGAUUGGAGGGAGCCUGUUAGAUGGCAGGGCCGGCAACAAGCUGAGAAGUUGCUUAGUACUGUUAAUAAUGGUGAUGUCAGGAAAGUGAAGUCCCUGUUGGCACGUGGGGCCGACCCCAACCAUCCUGAUUGUUUUCCGUUACACCGUGCUUGUUUAUUUGGUUACCUGGAGAUAGUGAAGGCACUUGUUGAGGCUGGGGCAGACCCUGAGAGGAAGAAUAAGGAGGGCUUGUCUCCAGUUCAUUAUGCAGCCUCUAACGGUCAUAAGGAAUUGUUGGUUUACUUGAUCAGGGAUUGCAAGGCCAGCGCUAAUACCAGGGACCAGUUCAACAAUACUCCACUCCACUAUGCAUGCUAUGAUGGUGACCUAGAUAUGGUGCAGUACUUGGUGGAAAAAAAAAACUGUUGACCUUUUUUUUUAUUAACAUUUUCUUUUAAACUGCCCCCCCCUUUUCAAAAUUCCUGGAUCCGCCCCUGAAAAGUGUGUGUUUAGAGAUAAUUUCUGACAGGUUAAAUUGACCAAGCCAACUACGGCCUUGUGUUUGGUAGCUACUCUGGAGUGUCCGUUUCCCUAAGACGUGCAUUUGUACAUUUUGAGAGCGCUAAUAACGCUUAAAUAUCAAUCUGUAACGGACAAUACUGAAAGUGUUUAAAUAUCCGCUGGUAGAGAUAAAUUUGUGACUUUAUAAC